UUUUUUUUUGUUUUAACAUUUUUUAAAAAUCUUUUUAUUUUCAUUUUUUCUACUCUUUGUUUAACUCGAUUAUAAAUUUUUAUUAAGAUUCUUUAAUUUGUUUAAUUUUUAUCACACUUUUUUCAGGAGUAAAAAGGUACACAAACAAUCCUUCCAUUCUUGUUAAAAUGUUUUUUAUUUUAAUAAAUACAGUAAAAGUCAUCGAGAUAUAUUUUGGCAUUAAAAUAUUUAACAAAAACAAAAAUAACCACUAAAAUAUUAAACCCGUCUGUCAGGCGGUUAGUUAGUGUUUACGUCAUUGAUUUAAGAUGUUAGUACUUAAGGGUUAAUGUAAGUACACAAUUUAGACUUGUAAGAUUCCUCAACUAAUUCUUUAUUAUUCUUUCGCUUAUCAUUCAACACAAUCUUCUGUAUUUAGAAUUUUUUUAUUUACUCACGGAUACGUCUUGUUAUUGUUCUUUUGUUAAUAUAUUUGAGCACUAAUCCUUUGCCUUAUUUUGCAAACUUGUUAGAUUUUUCCAACUAGUGUUAGGCUGAACAUUUUGUAGAUAUGGUUCUAAUAUGAACAGAUAUCUACUUAAGUAACUCAUAAAUAUUUAGUGAAAUCAUUACCGUCAAAAAUGAAUUAUUACAAAACACAGGAUGAGCUUGAAGAAAAGUCUCAAGAGGCUUUGGGCUUGAUGAAUAAUAAGGAUGUAGUAGCUACAAAUAUUGGACCAACUAUUGGAAAGAGGCAUCAACAAGCUCUUAUUCUUUGUAUUUUGCUAACUUGUUGUUUCGUAAUCAGAACAGCAUUAACUGUUGCCAUAGUGGCUAUGACUGAUCCAACAGCCAGCAGCAACAAAGAUAUACCGACCUACAACUGGGAUGACAAAAGCUUAGUGAUGGCCUCGUUUCUAUGGGGCUACUUCAUACCUCAAGUAGCCGCAGGAUACUUCUCUGAUAAAUAUGGCGGUAAAUGGUUCUUGGUUGUAAGUGCCGCGAUCACUGCAACAGCUGGUCUUCUGAUACCUUCAGCAGCUCUAUAUCUUGGCUCCAAAGGAGUUAUGGUUUGUCGAUUUCUACAAGGUCUAUCUCAAGGGUUCUUGUUUCCAUCAUUACACGCAACUUGUGGCAAGUGGAUACCUGUUCCAGAAAGAAGUAGAUUGGGCACUUUUGUUUAUACAGGUGCAACAUUAGGUGUAUGUUCUUCCUUGAUAUUAACUGGAUACAUAUCUUCAUCACGCUAUGGAUGGCCUAUGGUCUUUUAUAGCUUCAACACUAUCGCGUUGAUAGUGGUGGCUCUAUAUGCCUAUAUCGGAACCAACGACCCAAGUAGUCAUCCGACAAUUACCGAAGAGGAGAAGAAUUACAUUAUAAAUAGUUUAAACACUGCGACCGAUAGGCGCAACCUGUCAGUUCCUUGGAAGGAAAUGCUAACCUCUAAGGCACUGAUUGCUGUGCUGAUGACCAAUAUUUGUUGUAAUUUUACUCACUGGCUUUUUAUUUCGGAAACUUCUAUUUAUUUUGACAAAAUUAUGCAUCUUGAGCUGAAGUCCAAUAGCAUUCUGAUCGCCCUUCCUUAUAUAGUGGAAGUGUUUAUCGGAUUUGGGAUCUGUUUCAUAGCAGAUUAUUUGCAUUCAAAGAACAUAAUUUCCAUAACUGCAAUAAGGAAAAUUAUGAAUAAUAUUGCUAUGCUUAUACCAGCAGUUGCCACUUUUCUUCUAACAACCGCCGGUCCUAAUGAUAAAAACUAUGCCAUUUUUUGUAUGAUACUUGUCAACGGCUGCCAAGGAGCUGGGAAAUCAGGUCAUGUUGUAAACCAUAUGGAUCUGGCACCUAAUUUUUCAGGAAUUAUGAUGGGAUUUACUAAUGGACUUUCUGUCGGACUUUCAUCGUUUGCUCCUGUUUUAACACACUUUAUUGUAAGAGAUGAGAACAAUAUUAGUCAGUGGCGAAUUAUUUUCUACGUCACAGUGGGGAUAAAUAUAUUUGGUGGAAUAUACAACACAUUAUUUACGUCGGCUAAAAGACAACCAUGGAAUGAAGGAAAGAAUCGAAAAGAAGAUUUCAGCCAAUCAGAUGCCGUAAUUUAAAAAGUAGUGACACUGCGCAAGUCGUCAACACCUGUAUCAUGUUCAACACCGCACAAGUCGCUCUGUGAUUAUUAUGUUUGUACGUGAGUUUUACUGCUGAAAAGUCUAGUAUCCAAUAAGUUUUUAUAGAAUUAAGAGGUAAGCUAUACAUAUAAUAAAAUAAUGUUUAUUCAUUUACGCGUAUUAAUAUAGACAGAAAUGAUAAUAAAAUAACUUAAGCGGUGUUUACUAACGGUAUUUUUGUUUAACUUAGGCGGUGUUUCAAAAAGUAGUUCUUCUCGUCGCCUGUAAAGUUGGUAAAAAUGACUUAUGCGGUGUUGUAAGCUAAGGGACGAUAUGGUAAUCUUGUGGUAUUAAAAGGAAAUAUGUAUAGAGAAUUACAGAAAAGACUGAUAGAGUGGAAACACGAUUUUUAAAUUUGAGGAACAAAAACAGAAAGAAUAAAAGAAGGAUUUGAGAAACUAUUCAGAAGCUGGAAGAAUUAUUAGAGCUGGAUUUAUUCUUUCUCUAUCUUCUAAAAAAAGCAACGAAAUACAUUCUAAAAUGCAGAGUCUAAAAAAAGACUUUUUAAAAGUAGAUUAAAAUAUCAAACAACUAUACUGGUUUAUAUACAUAUUAGUAUAUUUUGUAAAUAAUUUUUAAUAUUGUGUAUCUUUAUUUUCAGAAACAAUGGAUAAUAUUAAAAUAAAACCAUUGGUAUGAAAAUUGAUGUAUUUAGUUUUAUAUUAAAACUAUAAAAUUAAAAAUUGUUGUUUUUUACAAAA